GAAUAAUAGUUUAAGAUUUGGCAGGAUUGUUUGUAGAUCACUUUGGAACAGGGUCUGCUGUGGUAAUCAAGCCACAGAAACACACAAGACCCCAGAGGCUGUCACUCUGUCAGGCUGUGCAAUCAUCCUGACUCCUGUACCCACGCACCCUGACAGUAGUUAACCCUUUCUUCAUUUGAUAAAGCUGGUUUUCCCUUGCAAUCCGGUAUAAAACUAGUGUAUAUAAUGCAUUAGAAAACUUUCACAAGAUAUUUAAGAAAAGCUUUGCAUUUAAUUUCACAGGACAUUAAUAUGUAUCGGCCAAUGACUUUAGAGAGGAUCCAGCGCCAUCCUGUCCCAACCUUUACUAUCACAAUCUUACCCCAAACCGUCAUCUUAAUCUUGACCUUGAAGUCCCUUUCAGAUUGCAGAUGUGCUGUCCAGUCAAUGUGGAUGGUGCUGAAGCGUUUAGUACCAUACAAAUGGAAAGACUUCAAAAGCAGCAAGCAUUGAGCCAGGAGAACCAUGGAAAAGCCUGGUGGAGCUAUCAAGUGGAGUUUAUGACUGUAAUAAAGGUUGCAUAGCUGAUACUGUAUGUGUGUUGCAACCCCUCAAAUAUUGCCACAGUUCAAAGCAGGACCGCUGGUAGAGGGAAUGGCGAACUUCAAGGGGCACGCCCUGCCCGGCAGCUUCUUCCUGCUCUUUGGGCUCUGGUGGUCCGUCAAGUACCCCCUGCUCUACUUCUGGAGGAAGAACCGGCCAGGUGGGCUCGUCCGGAUGAACCCCGACUCCCAGAGGCUGGACCUCAUUGAGGGGGUGGUCAAGGUGGUCUUCUCCAUCGUGGGGAUCCUGGCCGAGCAGUUUGUGCCGGACGGACCACACCUGCAUCUCACCCAGAGCGAGGGUCACUCCUGGGUCAAGCUGAUGAACUGGCAGCACAGCACCAUGUACCUUUUCUACGGCAUCUCAGGGGUGGUGGACAUACUCACCGUCUCCCCGCUGGGAGUCCCGCUGGGGCUGGACAGACUCAUGCUUUCCGUGGCUGUGUUCAUAGAGGGUUUCCUGUUUUACUUCCACGUGCACAACCGAGCCCCGUUGGACGUGCACAUCCAUUCCCUGCUGCUGAUCGCUGUGUUCGGUGGCGCCUUCAGCAUCCUGCUGGAAGUGUUCCAGAGAGACCACAUUGUCCUGGAGCUCUUCAGGAGCAGCCUGGCCAUCCUGCAAGGAACGUGGUUCUGGCAGAUUGGGUUUGUGCUGUUUCCUCCGGGGGGAGGCACAGCAUGGGAUGACAGCGACCAUGACAACAUCAUGUUCAUCACCAUGUGCUUCUGCUGGCACUACGCCACCGCCCUGCUCAUCAUGGCACUCAACUACGCCCUCGUGUGGGGCUGUAUGCGCCGCUGCGCCGGCAGGACCGGAGCAGACCCGGAGCUCGGACUCCUCAUGAAAUCAUCCAAAAACACAUCCCAGAAGGCGCUUCUGCAGGAAUCGGACGAGGAGUAGAUGCAGGGAGGGAGCACAGUGCUGGUUGAAGGCUGCACUGUUGUGUCCAGUACACCAGAUUGAACCUGGUGACCCAGGAAAUGCAGAUUACUAAACAUUUUAAAACAGUUUUUUAAAGAAAGAGUGCUUCUUGAAUCACAAUUUUAUUACGGCUUUAUUGUAAAGUGCAGGUUUUUUUUGUAUCUUUUGAUAUAAUGAUAAUUAAUGCUUCCAAACACUCUGACAAGAUGAAGUAAUUGGUAAUUUACUGUAUCCUAGCUUUGUUACGAUUGAUUGUUUGAAUGCUGGGAUAAAGCCGUUCUAGGCUUGUCCCAGCUGUGUGUGCGUGUUCCUAACCAGCAUACAGAGAUUUACUCAUCCGUUUAGCACGAGGGUGACUUAACAGACAGAUGAAGCAUUCCAAGUAUUUAUUGAUCAGGAAACUGGUUCUCAGCCCAGUUCCUAGUGGAGCGUGCCGUCCACAUUGCACCACAAAACACAUCAUGGGCAACAUCCCGACUUUAUACUCUGUACAAACAUUCAAUAAAAUGUCAUCUAUUCAUAUAGAAA